AGUUAAAUCUGGCAACAUGAGUAUGCACCUGUUUCUGAAAAUAACAUCACCCAGCGGAGCCGUUUAAGGAAAAGUGGAAGACAAGAGAAGAAAAGUCGACGCAUGUCGUUCGAACACAUACAUAUAUCAGAUUUUGGCGCCUUUCCCAAAUGUUCGACGAUGUUAAAAUGAAAGAGUUGAAAUAAAUCAUCGAAUACAUGCGGAUACUUUCGUUGGCUAGAAACAAGAACAGUGAGAUUCAAGGGUUCCCCCCCCCCCCGCAAGAGAAAUGGGGGGAGGCCACUUCCGAGUUAUGAUUUAUAAUCAGAUGAAGGGGGGCAUGAAGACAUUGUUACAAUUACAUCAAAGAAGUUUUAUUGAAUAUGUGUAGUUUUCAAUCAUGAAAAAAAAUUACAAUUUAUUACUUUUUCUUCGGCGGGGGGGGGGGCUCAGCCUUCAGACCCCUUCCUCUCGAGGGGUCUAUAGCAGUUGGGCGGAGGGGACGUAUAGGGGGGCUUCACCCUCCGCAAAGGUCGUGGGGGGGGGGGCUUGUAAGCCACCCACCCCUCCAUAAAGAAGGGGUUGGGAGGGAUGGUAUUGUAUGGUGACUCGUAAUUCAUGAGUCCCCCCCCCCCCAAUCCUUCCUGAACGAGGGGGUGAAGGCCCUCAUCUACGCCACCCUCCACCCAACGACCUCAGACCUUCGUAACGACAAUCGAUUAUCAUAUUCGAAUGAUGGUAUCGGAUUGGGGAAUUUUUAAACCCCCACCUAUCGUCCUGAUGCCAUAAUCUACUAUUCUGCACUCGUAUCAUUAUACAAUAUUGUAACAACAAAAGUAAUAAUUGAUUCACAUUUUUCACCUCAUAUCCGCACAUGAUGAUUUCCAUGACAACGCUCGGGUAUUUGUUUGUGCCUUCACCACAUACCAAUCAAAAUACGUAAAAAUCUCGAUUUAUGAGAUGUUAUCUCAUGUACUUUUUAAAGCGAAAGAUGCAACAGCAAGUGAAUAAUAAGUGAAAUUCCAGUGCAAUUGUAAUGCUUCAAAAUGGGACGAAAUAGUCAUAUAUGUACAGAACUUGGGACACACCGUCCAAAACCAUGUCAGGGGUCAUCAAUACCUCAAGUAAAUGUUUGCAUUAACCCUUGAGCGGUGUCAUAAUGGGCGUUGGGUCGUCGUCUUCAGUGUUAUUGCAAUAACAGCCGUUAGUGGUAUCAAAGAACCUGUACUCCCGUUUAGUGGAUUACACAACGGAAAAUGAGAGAAUAGCAGUAAUGACUGAGAAGAAAACGGAGAGAGCAGCUGAGCUCAUGAAGGCAUCACAUCAAAUGACUAAAGAUUGGGACAAUGCAAUUAAAAACGUUCAAAGACAACGUCGAAAGCAGCUUCUCUCUAAAAAAAGAAAGACUGAAGAGGCGAGAAUAAAAUUCGUGAAGGAUAUGGAAGCCAAAAAUACAACAAAGCACGCUGAGAUAGUGAGAGAGGCGUGGAAAUUACUCUUGUACAAAAAGCCCCAGUACAGACUUAUCAACAGUGCCCUAUUUACCGCUGAGACUUACAGAGAAUUGCAUGCUCAAUUGGCCUUUAAACGGAAACUAGAGGGUAUUGAAGUAAAAACUGACAAUAUGUUUGCUGAAUUAUUGAAAAAAGAUACCGAGGAGUUUUUCAAAAAAGAAAAACUUAACGCGCAAGAACGGCUGAAGAGAACUCAAAAUUAUCGGAUUGAAUUGAAAAAGCAAAUUGAAGACACGAAUAAUCAUUUUAAGAAAAUGAACUUAUAUGAUACAAAAGCAGAUGAGGAAGACUUGCAGAAGAUGCAGGAAGAGGCAAGGAUGAGUGAAGAAUGUGAGCAAGAACAGAUGAGGAAGAAGAAGGAAUCUUUGAAGAAGAUGUUUUUGGAUCAGUUGGAAGAAAAAAAACGUAUGGAAGAAAAAAUGAAAGAGCAGGAGAAAAUUCAGAAUCGUUCGAUUGAAGCGUACAUAAGUGCAAGAGAACAUUUACGGGAGAUAACGAAGAAAAAGUUGAAGGAAGAACAGGAAAAUAAGAUUAAACGCUCUGAGAUGCUAGGAAAGAAAUGUGCAGUGGCUUUCACGGGGGAUGAAAUGGAAGAGGAAGAACGAAUUCGACGAGAGGUGGCUGAGAAAGAUAAAUUGGAAGUAGAGAAAACUCAAGAAAAACGACAAUUUCAUGAGAAAAUGCGGGCGGAUAUAAAGAGAUAUGAAGUUGAAGCUGCGGCUCAGCGAUUGAAACGAGAGCAAGAGAGGAAAAAUAUGAUUGAUUGGGAAAUUCAUCAAAGAUACAAGAGAGAAGAGUGUAAUAAGCAAACGGAGUUGAAAGCGGCGCAAGAAGAGUACAUGAGGAAAAAAGAGAUGGCCGCAUUUCUGAAGAAGCAAAUGGCAGAACAGAACGCCAUUCGCAAAAUGGAAAACAUCAUGAAUGACGAUUCGCAAGAGGUACAGAAGGUAAUACAAACGACUAAUGAGAGAGUUCUAGCUUAUGGAAAAGAAGUUUUAGAAGAAUCCAAAAACGUGAGACCACUGUUUCCUAUCAUCGAAGCAAUUGAGAGUUUCAAGAGGGAAAACGGACUUCUUCCUCCAAAACCAGUCGAAAAAUUUGGACCAGUGAAGCGCAAACCACGGAUGAAGAAGAUUUGCUCAAAUCCCAUACCACCAGAACAAAUCUUCUAUUUAGGAUGAAUGCAACCAUUUCCAGUUAAAUUGAACUUCUGUGGACGACAUUCUUUAAUAAAUCAAAUUCGUGUUGACCCGUACUUUUCUCUCUUUUCUUAUUUCAUGGUAUGAUUACGUAAUUAGACGUUCGUUUAAGAAUA